UUUAAAUUCAAUAAAAAUGUUCAAUACAGCCAAAUUAAAAUCAAUCCUAUAACAUUAUCAGAAAUUCUAAAUAACCAGCUAUCACCAUUUCAAUAUAUUAAACUUUUAAUACCAAAUAGUAAUAACAAUGGUAUUAUACUACAGGUAUACCCCGAUCCAACAAUUGAAGACAAUGUAAUUUUAUUACCAAUCGAAAUUAAAUUAAAAUAUAACUUUGAUAAUAAUAUAAAUAAUAUUUAUAAUUUUGAUAUUGAAAUAAUUCCAAUCAAUCAAAAAAUAAAUACCAAUACUACCAACAAUAAUAAAAUUACAAUUAAAAUUAAAAAACCCAAUAAUUAUAAUAGAAAAAUUGUACAAGAAUCUUUAAAAAGAUAUUUUUUAUAUAAACCUAUAAUCAUAGGAUGUGAUUAUAUUUUCCCAAUAGUUGGAAAUAUAUGUAUUUUUAAGGUUUUAGGGUGUAGUAAUAGUAAUAAUAAUAAUAUAACUCCAUUAUAUUUAAACAAUUUACGUGAAUUUGAAAUAAUAGAAAAUCAUCAAGACAACAGCAAUAAUAAUAGUAAUAAUAAUAAAUAUAAAAUCAAUCCAAAUGAUAAUGAUAAUGAAUUGGUCGAUAUUAGAGAGCAAAUAGAGCAAAUUUUAGAAAUCUUAGAAUUAAAAUUCAAUUCAAAUAAAAAUAACAAUAAUACAAGCAAAAUAUUUGCAACUAAAGGAAUUUUGAUAGAUGGCCCAGAAGGCACAAGUAAAAUACCACUAGUUAAUUUUAUUUCAAAAAAAUUCAAAUCAAAAUAUAUAAACCUUAAUGACUUUACAAAUGAAGAUUCAUCACCAGCAGCAUCAUCAACAACAUCAGAUCACCAACAAGCAGAAGGAGAUACACUCGAACCAGUAAUUUAUAUAAUUAAUAACCUCGAUGAAAUUGCAAGUAAAAGUGAUGAUGAUAGUAACCAUCAAAAAAGAAUGAUUGUCAAACUCUCUUUAUUUAUAGACCAACUAAAGCCAAAUCAAGCAUUAAUAGCUACAUGCUCAUCAAUUGAAAAUAUCAAUCAAUCAAUAACAAGAGCAGGAAGAAUAGAUAAAUUUAUUCACCUUUCAAUUCCAACACAAUCAAAAAGAAUUUUAAUUUUAAACCAACUUCUAAAAAAUACACCAAUAAUAAAUGAUCAACAAGAUGAUAAUAAUAAUAAUAAAAUAAUUAAUGAUGAAAAAGAAAGAGAACAAUUUAUAAACGAACUUUCAAAAAUUACACCAGGUUUUCUUUAUAAAGAUUUAAACAAACUGUGUAGAACUGCAGCAUUAUUAUCAAUUACAAAUGAAGAUAACGAACAUGAGAAAGAAAACAGUAAUGUGGUUGCAAUCAAAUUUAAUAAUUUUAUUGAAUCAUUAAAAACAAUUAAACCUUCAAGCUUGAUAAACUUUGAUGUUACAAUUCAAAAUGUACCAUGGAAUAAAAUUGGUGGUUAUAAAGAAGUUAAAGAAAGAUUUAAAGAACUAAUUGAAUGGCCUUUGAAAUACUCUGACACCUUCAAGAGACUAUCAUUAAACAACUCUUCAGGGCUACUACUAUGGGGGCCAAGCGGGUGUGGUAAAAGUUUAAUGGUUAAAGCUAUUGCAACAUCAAUGAGCAUCAACUUUAUAUCAAUCAAGGGAUCCGAUAUAUAUUCAAAAUGGUUAGGUGAAAGUGAACGUAUAAUACGUGAACUUUUUAAAAGUGCAAGAUUAUCAUCACCCUGUAUAAUGUUUUUCGAUGAAAUCGAUUCACUUGCCCUAUCAAGAGGAGAUUCAAACGACUCAAGCGAAGAUGGUGGAACAGGCAAACGUAUUCUUAGUCAACUAUUAAAUGAAAUGGAUGGUAUUCAAGUCAAAUCUCAAAUAUUUUUAAUUGGUUGCACAAACACUAUAGACUCUAUUGAUAGUGCAUUACUUAGACCCGGUAGAUUGGAAACACUAAUUAAAGUAGACCUACCAACAUUAGAAGACCGUAUAGAUAUCCUUAAUGUUAUAAAAUCAGAUAUGAACUUUGACGAAACCCAACUCAAUGACCGAGAAUGGCUAGAUAUUGCAAGUAAAACUGAAGGCUUUACUGGUUCACAACUGUUUGAACUAUGCAACCAAGCCGGUAUUUUCCAAUUAGAAAAAGAUUUAAACUCUCAAACAAUUUCAAAAGAAUCAUUAGAAAAAAGUUUGGGUCAAUUUAAA